AUGCUUGCUUUGCUACCGUAUUAUUUAUGCCUAAGUAUACUGUUAUGUACAUACCACUACUGUAAGCUGCCAUACCACAUAAUAGUAGGGCUUCCCUUGCUGUGGGUAGCAUUUUGCCUCGGCAAACCCUUCCUUCACCCUUAUCUGUUUCCUCAUAAAAUAGUUGCUGGUGCGACCAAUGAUGCAUUAUACAAGGAAUUGUGGCAUGCCUGUGCUGGACCCCUUGUCACGCUCCCGCGUGAAGGGGAGAGAGUUUAUUACUUCCCCCAAGGUCACAUGGAACAGCUCGAGGCAUCUAUGAAUCAGGUAUUGGAGCAGCAAAUGCCUUCCUUUAAUCUACCUUCCAAAAUAUUAUGUAAAGUGGUCAAUGUUCAUCUUCGAGCUGAACCUGAGACAGAUGAAGUAUAUGCACAAAUAACUUUACUUCCUGAAGCAGAUCAAAGCGAGGUGACAAGCCCUGACAAUCCUCUGGCUGAACCUCCAAGGUGUACAGUUCAUUCAUUUUGCAAGACACUCACUGCUUCUGACACUAGCACCCAUGGGGGUUUCUCUGUUCUUCGAAGACAUGCAGAUGAUUGUUUGCCACCACUGGAUAUGACUCAGCAGCCACCAUGGCAAGAAUUGGUCGCAACUGAUCUGCACGGCAAUGAAUGGCAUUUUAGACAUAUUUUUCGAGGGCAACCCAGGCGCCACUUACUGACCACUGGGUGGAGUGUCUUUGUCAGUUCCAAAAAGUUAGUGGCUGGUGAUGCAUUUAUAUUCUUAAGGGGUGAAAAUGGAGAGCUGCGAGUAGGGGUUAGGAGGCUCAUGAGACAGCAAAGCAACAUGCCAUCUUCUGUUAUUUCCAGUCACAGUAUGCAUCUGGGUGUUCUGGCCACUGCAUCUCAUGCCAUUGCCACAGGAACGUUGUUUUCUGUAUUUUACAAGCCCAGAACUAGCCGGUCUGAAUUUAUUGUGAGUGUCAACAAGUAUCUUGAAGCUCAAAAUCAUAAACUUUCUGUUGGGAUGAGAUUCAAAAUGAGAUUUGAGGGUGAUGAAGUUCCUGAAAGAAGGUUCAGUGGUACAAUUGUGGGUGUUGGAGAUAAUAAAUCUUCAGUCUGGACUGAUUCAGAGUGGCGAUCAUUAAAGGUUCAAUGGGAUGAACCAUCAUCUAUUUUGCGUCCUGAUAGAGUUUCUCCAUGGGAAUUGGAGCCACUUUUGUCUUCCCCUCCUACAAACACCCAGCCAUCCCAAAGAAACAAGAGAUCACGGCCUCCCAUUCUACCUUCAACAAUUCCUGAUUCUUCUCUGCAAGGUGUAUGGAAAUCACCAGUUGAUUCUGUGCCAUUCUCUUAUCGUGACCAUCAACAUGGGCGAGACAUCUUUCCAUCACCCAAAUUCAAUUCUACUACAACUGGCUUCCUUGGUUUUGGUGGGAAUUGUUCUGCUUCCAACAAAUCAAUAUAUUGGUCAAGUAGGACUGAAAACACGACAGAAUCUUUUUCACCUUUAGCACUUAAAGAAUCUGGAGAGAAAAGACAAGGGACUGCAAAUGGAUGUAGGCUCUUUGGGAUUCAGUUACUUGAUAAUUCUAAUGGGGAAGAGCUACCAAUGGUCGCUUUAUCAGGAAGGGUGGGUGAUGAUGGCCCCCUUCCAUCUUUGGAUGCUGACUCUGACCAGCAUUCUGAACCAUCAAAUAUUAAUCGAUCUGAUAUUCCUUCAGUAAGCUGUGAUGCUGAAAAAUCAUGCCUGCGGUCUCCCCAGGAGUCUCAGAGCAGGCAAAUAAGAAGCUGCACAAAGGUUCACAUGCAAGGUAUGGCUGUCGGAAGGGCUGUGGAUUUAACACGGUUUGAUGGAUAUGAGGAUCUGCUAAGGAAAUUGGAAGAAAUGUUUGACAUCAAGGAUGAGCUCUGUGGAUCCACCAAAAAAUGGCAGGUUGUGUACACUGAUAAUGAAGAUGAUAUGAUGAUGGUUGGGGAUGAUCCAUGGCUUGAGUUUUGUAGCAUUGUGAGGAAAAUUUUCAUUUACACUGCAGAGGAAGUAAAGAAGCUUUCACCCAAAAUUGGACUUCCAAUCAGUGAAGAAGUUAAACCCAGCAAAAUGGACUGUGAAGCAGUAGUCAAUCCCGAGGACCAGUCAUCUAUUGAAGUAGAACGUGAGAGAAACGAGUAUGGACAUGGCAAGCACUUCGUCAUGGCCUAUAGGAGAAAAAUGAGAAUGAACCUGGCAAACACUUCCUCAUUGCCUAGAAGGAGCAUGUCAUCUCUACAGGAACAGCAUGACAGCACCAAAGCAGAGGGUUGA